GUGCCGCCGCUCGCGAGACUCCCGCCCGACGCGGCGCGGAGAGCGGAGGGGCUCUUCUCCGACCUCUGCGCCGUGCACGCGGCACGCGCCGACGCCGGCGCCGCGCCCGAGCUGCUCGGCUGGUCGCGCGCCAACGUGUCGCUCGAUCUGGCCGAGGUUGGCGCAAAGAUGCGGCGCGCAAAGGAGACGGGCCGGAUCGGCAAGCAACUGGGCCACAUCGUCGUCGGCCGCGAGCUGUUCGGACUGGGCGAGGUCAGCGACGGCGCGCAGCGCCACAGGGACGUCUGGGCCGCCCAGCCGAAGCUCGGCCGUGAGUGGCCGCCGUAG